UUAGGGUCUCAGUGAUCAAGUUGCAACACAGGGCGCAAGUCUACGAAUCUACUAUACUAGUCUGCUGUAUGAGAAAGUUAAAAAAAAAGUUAAAUAUCUAAAAACAAAAACAAAAUGUUUGAUUGGAAGUACUGCACAGCAUUCAUUGUCUUGCUGCUUGCUGUCGUAGACUGCGUGAACGACGUGAAAUACCAAUAUGACGAGGAUAGAAUCUACAAGAGACCAAACACGUGUGAAUCUAGCUCUGUAAAAUGCCGAUCUUGCAUACCACAAAACAAAAUAUGUGAUGGCACUAUUGACUGUUCUGAUAAAUCUGAUGAAAUUAAUUGUACCAGUUGUAAUGGGAGCAGCUUCAACUGUGGAAAUGGACAAUGCGUCCCUUCGAAAACUAGAUGUAACGGCUUUUUAAACUGUUCUAACGGAGAGGAUGAAAAGAAUUGUAAGAAGUGUAAAAAUUCUUUCCACUGCGAUGACCAUGAAUGCAUCUCAAAAGAUUUGAUCUGCAAUGGGAACAAUGAUUGUAAAGAUGGAUCCGACGAACGGAUAUGUAAUCGUUGUUCUGAAGGCAAUUUCAAAUGCGACUCAAUUAUGUGCUUUAGACCUCCCGUGAGAUGUGAUGGCAAUCUUGAUUGUACUGACCAGUCAGAUGAAUUCCAUUGCUCUAGUUGCAAAGAAGGCGGUUUCAAAUGUAAUGAUCCCAUGUGCAUCAAUAAAAAUCAAAGAUGUAACGGAAAAAAAGAAUGUCCGGAAUACGAGGAUGAAGUAAACUGCACAAGUUGUAAUGAAGGUGGAUUCUAUUGCGGAGAUGGGAAUUGUAUAUCAGAAAAUCAGAGAUGUGACGGCUCUCCUGACUGUAACGAUACAUCCGACGAACGGAAUUGUCCCAGAUGUAAAGGUGAAGAUUUCUUCUGUGGUUACGGUCUUUGCAUCGAACGUCCUUUGAGAUGUAAUGGCGCCAAGGACUGCUUUGAUGGACGUGAUGAAAUAAAUUGUAUGAAGUGUAAAAAUUCUUUCUUAUGUGAUGACGAUGAAUGCAUCUCAAAAGAUUUGAUCUGCAAUGGGAACAAUGAAUGUAAAGAUGGAUCCGACGAACGGAUGUGUAAACGUUGUUCUGAAGGCAAUUUCAAAUGCGACUUAAGGAUGUGCUAUAGACCUCCCAUGAGAUGUGAUGGCACUCUUGAUUGUACUGACCAUUCGGAUGAACACAACUGCUCUAGUUGCAAAGGAGGCGCUUUCAAAUGUUUUAGUAAUGAUAGUAAAUGCUUCAAUAAAAACAAAAAAUGUAACGGAAAAAGAGAAUGUUUGGAUUACAAGGAUGAAGCAAACUGCACAAGUUGUAAUGAAGGCGGUUUUUAUUGCGGAGAUGGGAAUUGUAUCUCAGAAAAUCAGAGAUGUGACGGCUCUCCUGACUGUGAAGAUAGAUCCGACGAACGGAAUUGUUCCAGAUGUAGCGGUAAAGCUUUCUUCUGUGGUGACGGUAAUUGCAUCGAAGUUUCUUUGAGAUGUAAUGGCAUAAAGAACUGUGCUGAUGGACGUGAUGAAAAAAAUUGUGAGACAUGUAAAGGUGAUUCUUUCGGCUGUGAUGGUUUUUGCAUAAACAAAAAACGUUUAUGUAACGGAAAAAACGAGUGUCGUGACGGAUUCGAUGAACAUAAUUGUACCAGAUGUAGAGAUAAAUCUUUCUCCUGUGGUAACGGUCAAUGCAUCCAACGUCAUUUGAGAUGUAAUGGCUUCAAGGAGUGCUCUGACGGACGUGACGAAAUAAAUUGUACCAGAUGUAAUGGUAAAGCUUUCUUCUGUGGCGACGGUCUUUGCAUCCAUCGUCCAUUUAGAUGUAAUGGCAUCCAGGAGUGCCCUGAUGGACGUGAUGAAAAAAAAUGUGAAAGUUGCAACGGUAACGCUUUUCACUGUGGAAGUAAACCUCGUUGUAUUAUUCAAAGUAAAAAAUGUGACGGCAAAGAUGACUGUGAAAACAACCAAGAUGAAAGCUACUGUCAAAGUUGCAACGAUAACGCUUUUCACUGUGGAAGUAACCAUCGUUGUAUUAUUCAAAGUAAAAAAUGUGACGGCAAUGAUGACUGUAAAAACAACCAAGAUGAAAGCUACUGUCCAGGUAAACCGGCCAUUUGCCUAUGGAAGGUGUGCCCCUUACCCGACUGGUUAGUAGAUGGAUGAACCGGGGUGGCAGAGCCACACAGCGUUGUGUCGCGUGACUACAGAGCCACAUCUUCACAUUCUAUGUGUAUUAAUGUAUAUCAUAUCGUAACAUUCUUUGUGUAUUUAUGUAUAUCACAUCUUCACAUUCUAUGUGAUAGACAAGAGGAAAAAAGUACACUAAAAGUGGUCAGAUCUGUUUUUACGAUGCGCGAACAAUUUUAUUUUAAAAUAUCAUUUUAAUGAAGCCAAUUCACAAAAGUUAUACAGUAAUCAUAUUUCCGUUUGUUUAUAGCAUGCUUUUCUUUUUCUUUAUGGUUUUUUUUUCGUUUGUUUUAAUCAGUUUGUCUAAGUAUUUUAUUUUUGCUAAUCUGGUGGUAUUGUUUGUUCCCCAAUGUGAGUAAUACGUACCGUUUUAUAAUUGUAUUUUUAAAAUUAUUGAAUCAUACUUUUCAAAAAUUAAAUAUUAAAAACAUUCCUUCUUUUUCCAAUUGAAAAUAAAGAUGGCUUCAACAUAAAAAUAAUCAGUUUCGUCUUGAAAUUUAAU